AACCCCUGUGUGCCGCUGUCGCUGCCGCCGCCGGCCCGGACUCGCCGGGAGCGCAGGGAUCUGCCCGGCUGCGCACCGCGCGCGCUCGGAGGCUCGGGCGCCGGCCGCUGAGCCCUCCAGCCCCGCUCCUCGCUCCAGCCCGCACGGUCCCGGGGGCGCGAAGCCACCAUGCAGCUGCAGUUCCGGAGCUGGAUGCUGGCUGCGCUCACGCUGCUGGUGGUCUGCCUCAUCUUCGCAGACAUCUCGGAGAUCGAAGAAGAAAUCGGGAAUUCUGGAGGCAGAGGUGCAAUCAGAUCGGCUGUGAACAGCUUACAUAGCAAAUCUAAUAGAGCUGAAGGUGUAAUAAAUGGCUCCUCACCACCAGCUGUUGUUGACAGAAGCAACGAGAGCAUUAAACACAACAUCCAGCCGGCCUCAGCCGCGUGGAGGCACAACCAGACGCUGUCUCUGAGGAUCAGGAAACAAAUCUUAAAGUUCUUGGAUGCUGAGAAGGACAUUUCCGUCCUCAAGGGGACCCUGAAGCCCGGAGACAUUAUUCAUUACAUCUUCGACCGAGACAGCACGAUGAACGUGUCCCAGAACCUGUACGAGCUCCUGCCUAGGACCUCGCCGCUGAAGAACAAGCACUUCCGGACCUGUGCCAUCGUGGGCAACUCGGGGGUCCUGCUCAACAGCGGCUGCGGGCCGGAGAUCGACACACACAGCUUCGUCAUAAGGUGCAACCUGGCGCCGGUGCAGGAGUACGCCCGGGACGUGGGGCUCAAGACAGACCUGGUGACCAUGAACCCUUCGGUCAUCCAGCGUGCCUUCGAGGACCUGGUCAACGCCACGUGGCGGGAGAAGCUGCUCCAGCGGCUGCACAGCCUCAAUGGCAGCAUCCUGUGGAUCCCCGCCUUCAUGGCCAGGGGCGGCAAGGAGCGUGUGGAGUGGGUCAACGAGCUCAUCCUGAAGCACCGCGUCAACGUGCGGACUGCCUACCCGUCUCUGCGCCUGCUGCACGCCGUCCGCGGAUACUGGCUGACCAACAAGGUGCACAUCAAAAGACCCACCACCGGCCUCCUGAUGUACACCCUGGCCACGCGCUUCUGCAACCAGAUCUACCUCUACGGCUUCUGGCCCUUCCCGCUGGAUCAGAACCAGAACCCCGUCAAGUACCACUACUACGACAGCCUCAAGUACGGCUACACCUCCCAGGCCAGCCCCCACACCAUGCCCUUGGAGUUCAAGGCCCUCAAGAGCCUGCACGAGCAGGGCGCUUUGAAACUGACUGUCGGCCAGUGCGACGGAGCUACGUAAGCGGGCGCCCG